CAUUAGGGCGCCACAAAAACUAGUUUGAAGUCCGCGGCUUCCCUCCCGACCUCUCUCCAAUGUUCAAUGUCCAAUGUCCAAUCUCUCUGCUCAAAUCCAAUUUCGUCAAAUUCACACUCCAAUCCCCACUCUUUUCAGCCCAAAACUUUUCGAAAUUCUAAUUACGCCCCACAAUUAGAAGAAGUAUUCCAAUCCCCAAUCCGCUACCAUUGACACCAAUCGAUCGCCUUCUCCAUCACUAUUUGAACCUCAAAUUAAACUUCUUUGAGCUUAUGGGGCGGUACUGUGCCUGAAUUGGAUCCAUAUUUGGCGAAUUGACCUGUUUCUGACGGUACCAGUGGGCUACCAUUUCAAGUUCUCGACGAAAUUGAUUGAAUUUUGACGGGUCUGAGUGAAAUUCUACGUGGGUUUGCUAGGGUUUAGCGAAAGUCUUGGUUUUGAGGGGCAGUCAUGGACUACGAGCUCUCGGAUAGCAGUGGUACAGAUGAUGACCUUCCGCCCUCUCAUCAAAAUAGAUUUCAAAGGGGAGGCCGAUCUUCUGGGAAUGGAAGAUCUGCAGCUGUGGGAUCUGCUUCAUUACCUAGGAUGCAUGGUGACAUGGAAACCCAAAUCCACCACAUUGAGCAAGAAGCAUACUGCUCAGUCCUGCGGGCUUUUAAAGCUCAAUCUGAUGCCAUCACCUGGGAUAAGGAAAGUUUGAUUACAGAACUUAGAAAGGAGCUGAGAGUAUCUGAUGAAGAACACAGAGAACUUUUGUCCAGGGUCAAUGCUGAUGACAUGAUCCGGAGGAUAAGGGAAUGGAGAAAAACAAGUGGGCUUCAACCUGGCACACUUACUGCUGCUCAGCCUGUUCAUGACCCCCUACCUAGUCCAACUGUUUCAGCAUCACGCAAGAAACAGAAAACAUCGCAGUCUGUAGCUUCCUUAUCGCUUGGUGCUCCAUCCCCUGCACUGCCUCCAUCCAUGCAACCGUCCUCAUCAGCCUUGAGACGAGGUCCUCCUCCAGGAGGUCGGACCAAGAAGCCAAAAUCAUCCUCUCAGUUCCCUUCCACAAGUAUUACUGGAAGGCCCCAAGCCGCUAAUCGAGGUUCUUCUGGUGCCUUUGUGGCAAGUGAGCCUGCUGAGGGAGCAACUUAUGAUCCAUUAAUAGGAAGAAAAGUUUGGACAAGGUGGCCUGAAGACAACCACUUCUAUGAGGCUGUUAUAACUGAUUACAACCAUGUUGAGGGCCGACACGCUCUGGUUUAUGAUAUUAAUACAGUGGAUGAGACAUGGGAAUGGGUCAAUCUAAAAGAGAUAUCUCCUGAAGAUAUUCGGUGGGAAGGUGAUGAUCCUGGGAUUUCUCGUAGAGGUGGUCGACCUGGACCUGGACCUGGCCGAGGGAUAAAAAAGUCCACGGCACGUGGUGGUGCAGUUUCAGGUGCAGGAAGAGGCAGAGGGACCGCAAAGGGUCAGUCCAAGAAGGAUUUGCCUCCACAACAAAAUGGCAUUGGCAGGAAGGCAAUGAGCGAUAUUGAAAUACUUCAUACAGACUCUUUGAUUAAAGAGGUUGAAAAGGUUUUUGGAGCAAGCCAUCCUGAUCCCAUGGAGAUCGAGAAAGCCAAGAAAGUUCUCAAAGAGCAUGAACAGGCACUGGUUGAUGCAAUUGCAAGACUUGAAGAUGCAUCAGACGGUGAAAGUGAUGAACAUACAUUCUCUCAAAGACAACCAAUAGACCAGGAACGAGGAUGGAGAAAACGGCAGUACGACGAAAUGGCCGAAGGUCGGGCAGUUGACGGUGCAAAUGGUAAUAAAAUGACAAGAGAGGGUAGAAUUGCAUCGGACGAUCAACGUUUUGAGGGCGAUGACAUAUGAUAUUUGGAGGCUUGUAACAUCGAGUUAUAUCUCUGUUUGUAGUGUUGUGCCAUAUUCUGAUUUGAUCACCAGUGGAUGCUUGGUAAGCUUUAGGUUUCGUUUCAUUUUUAGUUUAACCUUAAGCAGAGAUUAUGUUUGCUGUAAUUUUUUUGGGGGUUG